AUGAAUGUGUCGUGUGCUAUUCCAACGUCACCCUUUCUUAAAUAUUUGGGUCAUAUUUUUGUAUGUUUGACGGCUCCGAUAUAUAUUGCAACAUGUUUUAUUUUGAUCUGGAAAUGUCCUUCAUUUUUCAAUCAGUAUAGAACCCUCCUUUUGAGGCAUAUUUUCACUUGUAUAUUCAUGGAAUAUUUUAUGGAUGCAAUUUGGCAGCUUAUAGUAGUUGUCCCAUGGUCAGCAUUAUGUUCAAUGGGAAUAGGUUAUCAGUUACCUGUUUUAAUGUUUUCAAUCGUGGUAGCUGGUUUGUGUGCAACUGGAAUAUCUAUAAUACAUAUGUUUGAAUAUCGAAUGAAUGCAGUUACCGAUGAUUCAAUUAAAGUUUUGAGACGAGUUAUAACUGGUGUAAAAUACUAUCAUUAUUUCAUGAUGACGUCAUGCAUGUGUCUACUUGCUGCGUCAUAUAAUCAUUUAGCUGAUCAAAAAGCUUUUAAAACUAAAAUUGAAAAUAAAUACGGAGAACUUCCAUCAUAUAUUUGGUGUGAUAAUUGUAUGUUUAUCAAUACAGACUCCACUCUAGUUUUGAUAUUUGUUGGUGUAGCAGCUUCUAGUCAACCACUUGCUGCUGUCUAUUUUGGGUUAUCAGUUUAUGCCUCAAAACUUGGACUUCAAAAACUUAAGGCGUCGCUUUCUCAGAGAACAAUAUCUCUUCAACGGAACUUUUUGCAUAGUUUGUAUAUACAAACUGCUGUUCAUGUGAUUUUCAUUUCCAUACCUCUUGGAAUCUUCUUCUUAUCUUUUAUCAUUUGGAUUCCAUCAAGUGCAAUGUAUAUGAGUUAUAUCCUCACUGCAAUGUGCACUCAACAUGGAUCCUUAUCAACGUUAGCACUGAUGAUAUCCAAUAAGCCGCUUUAUUCUGUUUUCACUAAAACAUUUUGGCGCAUAAAAUCAAGCAUAACUGGAUCGGAUCGUGUGACAGCAGUAGAAGCAUCUAGCUGGUAUAGAUCAGCAAUUGCUGUCGCGAACGCGGAGAACCAAGAAUAAUUCUCCUUUUCGCCACUUUGUUACUAAUAUUAUUUCCAUUAAUUUACACAAUUACAUCUAUAUGGCCUUGGAACGCACACACACCAAUGGCCUUGGAACGUUUGAACCGCCGCCAACUACAGUACUCCACCUGCACAUCAGACCCCCCACGUCGUGCGCCACCUGCACAUCUAACC